AUGCAUGAGAGCCUGUGGACUUUUCACGCAGAGCUCAUCGGCUCUGAGCGCAGCGUAAUUAAGCCCACGUUGUCAGACGACGUAGCAGUGAACCCGUUGCUGCAAGGCCCGAUGCUCGAUGACAGCACUGAUACAGAACUUGACAUCAUGGUUGAAUCCACAAAUUGCGACUUCUACAUCCUCGCCAAGUCCUUCAUCCCUUUUCUGAACCGGUCAAUAAGGC